GAUAGAAUCGAUUCCACUCUGGGUCCUCUCUCGGCUCUACCCAUCUUCUUCCUCUGUCUCAGACACCGAUAAAAUUAAUGUCUUCCACGCCUUCAUCUACCUUUUCCUUCUUUCCAGCUUCGCAAGAAUCGAUCUCAAUCUUCUCCCUGAAACCCUCCACCUUCUUCCUUUUCUCUUCUUUCCACAAGAUGUACAUCCAAUCUUCUCAUCGAAACUCCUCCGCCAUCACUCCAGAUCGACGACAACACUCAUCGACGAACACACCCAUCCAGCCGAUCCACCCCUCCAUCGAGUCACCCCUCAAUCCAGUCCGGCUCGUCUCCCCGAUUCACUCCUCCAUCUCCGUUCCGGCUUCGACAAAGGCAACCAUGCAUCAUCUUGCUGGCGGCAAAGACAACCGCUCAUCCUCUUCUCUCCUCUUCUCGCUCUGGCACGGCAUGGCGGCUUCUGACGAUGCUGGUCUGUGGGAGAGUUAGGGAUUUAUGGAUUUUGGGAUUUGGGUCGCUUGAUCUGCCAUCUGGGUCGCACCACUAAGAACGACGACAUCUUUGGGGCUUCUUGGCUUUAUCAUCGUCUCCUCUGUCUCAGACUCACAGAUCGAGGAAGGAAGGCCGAUCUGGAGAGUUAGGGAUUUAUGGGUUUUUGGAUAUUUGAUUGUAUGAUUUUGGGGGUUUGAUAUGAAAAUGGUAGGAAGAGAUGGCGACGAUUUUGUUUCUGAAUUUUUUGGGUUUAUGUUUUCUGGGCAUAAAAGAGGCGGUCAAGAUUUGAGGCAAAAACUACUUUUCACGGCAGCUGCCGAUAGUGGGGGUCGGGGGAGGUCGUCGAGAGAGAAGAAGGAGAGAACGAAGAGUGACGAGGGGACUAGGGUUGAGCACUUAAUUGUUUGUUUAAGAUGAACAGGCGGUGGUGGUGGGGAGAAAGACAUUUAUUUUUUUAUUGUUUUUAUGAUUUUUUAAAUUUAAUUUGAUAAAAAAUAGAAGUAUAAAAUUUUAAUUAUUUU